CUUUCUACAAACUUCAAUUCAAAACAAAGCACGUCGUUGCUCUCUACUUAUCACUCGCUCUACCGUCUCUCUCCCGCUCUCUCUCUCUCUAAUGGUUUAUCUCACUGAGUCCGUGCUCCUCCGGAAUCCUUUCCUUCAUGACCCUACUGGAUUCUUCUUCCGCCUCAACAAAGCUCACAUCUUUCUCGACGGACACCCGAAAAAAGCUAGGUUUUUUGGUUCAAAUCGCAGAGGAAAGCGAUGCAUUUCAUUGGCGAGUUCUUGUUUAACGACGGAGGAUGAUGAGAGAUCGACUGGUGAUGGUGGCCAUCGACCUUCUUUCGAUCUCAACCUCGCCGUCGUUCUCGCGGGAUUCGCCUUCGAGGCCUACACCAGCCCUCCGCAAGGCGUGGGGUGGCGUGAGAUGGAUGCAGCUCAGUGCCAAACGGUGAUUCUUUCACAUUCAUUUCUUCGAGAGGUUUAUGAUGGGCAGCUUUACAUUAAAUUACGAGAAGGCGUGGACCUUCCAGUGAUGGAUCUAUGGGGAACAAGUGACCCUUAUGUGAUCUUUCAUUUGGACGGACAGGUUGCCAAAAGCAAUGCCAAAUGGGGGACGACACAUCCAACAUGGAAUGAGGAUUUUACUCUAAACAUCAAGUUAGCUACCACAAAAGAAUUGAUGCUUGUUGCUUGGGAUGCAAAUCUGGUGACACCGCAUAAACGGAUGGGUCAUGGAUGUGUCAACCUUGAAUCACUCUGUGAUGGCAAUUUGCAUGAGGUCAUGGUUGAACUAGAGGGCAUUGGUGGUUGUGGCAAGAUCUAUUUGGAGAUCAAAUAUAAGAGCUAUGAUGAAAUUUCUGAAGAAAAAGAGUGGUGGAGAAUACCCUUUGUCUCUGAUUUUCUUUUGAAGAGUAGUUUGGGCUCUGCACUUAGACUGGCUCUUGGAUCCGAAAGCUUGAAUGUUAGUCAAUUUGUAGAGUCUGCUUUUGGACAGUUGAAGUCAUUUAAUUAUAAUUAUGUGAAGCUUCUUCCCCCUCUUAGUAAUGGCAAAAAUGAUGAUUCUAACGAACCAAGAGAAUUAUCAAAUGCCAGUAGUAGUUCAAAUGAAGCCUCGAAGGAAGAGAUGAUUAUGCAGAGCUCAGUGGCAGGACACAAGAUUGAGAAUAUGAAUGAUUCAAAUGGAAGAAAUUAUCUGAUGGAGCGGAAAAUAAAUGACUCUCCGCAAGCUGAAUAUUUUUGGACAACCUUUAGUGAUAUUAUCAACCAAAAAGUGUUCCUGAAGCUUGGUUUCAAUCUUCCUGAGAUCAAAAGUUGGGAUGGAUUUGAUUUGCUGAACAAGAUGGGCAUACAACUGCGUAGAUCAGCAGAAGAAAAGUAUGCUGAGUAUGGACUUGCAACUCCAGAAAAUGGGCUUAAGAACAAUGCUGAAACAGGCCAACGUUCCUCAAAUCAUGCCCCAUCUUCUUCUAAAGAUAUCAGAAAAGCAUCUUGGGAUGUACUUAGUCAGACUGAAACAAUUUUUGGAGCAUUGGUAGUGCUUGCAAGGGCCCUUUCUAAACAAAAAGAUGAUUCAACGUUGCUGGAUGUUCGAAGAAACAAUAGAGAUAGUUACAAGGAUGGAGGGCCUUCAAAUGAAGAAGGAAGUGAUAGCUCCAGCAAAGGAAUCACAUUGGGUUCUAAAGGAGCAGAAGAGAUGAGGGUACUAUUUUCUAGUGCUGAGAGUGCUAUGGAGGCUUGGGCUAUGCUCGCCACUUCCUUGGGUCGUUCAAGCUUCAUUAAAUCUGAAUUUGAGAAGAUUUGUUUCCUUGACAAUGCUUCUACAGACACUCAAGUUGCCAUAUGGCGUGAUUCUCUAAGAAGAAGAUUGGUUGUUGCUUUCAGAGGCACUGAACAAGCAAAGUGGAAGGAUUUGCUAACUGAUUUAAUGUUUUUACCUGCUGAGCUGAACCCUGAGAGGUUAGGUGGGGACUUCAAGCAGGAAGCAGUGCAGGUUCAUGGUGGAUUUUUAAACGCUUAUGACUCCGUACGAACCAGAAUAUUGAUGCUUAUCAAGCUUGCAAUAGGUUACGACGAAGAAGAUCAUUUAGAGAGCAUGCCAAAGUGGAAUGUUUAUGUUACCGGGCAUAGUUUAGGCGGUGCGCUGGCAACACUUCUUACUCUUGAGAUUUCAACAAGUCCAAUGGCAAAGCAUGGUGCGAUUUCGGUUACAAUGUAUAAUUUUGGUUCUCCAAGGGUUGGAAAUAGAAGAUUCGCCGAUGUAUACAAUGAGAAGGUUAAAGAUAGCUGGAGAGUUGUGAACCAUAGGGAUAUUAUUCCGACCGUUCCGCGGCUGAUGGGCUACUGCCAUGUGGCUCAACCUGUCUACCUUGCAGCUGGAGAUUUAGAGAAGGCCAUGCUGAAUAGAGAAUUUAGAGGAGAUGGAUAUGAGGGAGAUGUGAUUGGAGAGGCUACACCAGAUGCUCUUGUUAGUGAGUUUAUGAAAGGUGAAAAGCAGCUGAUUGAGAAGAUACUGCAGACUGAGAUAAAUCUCCUUGAAUCAAUCAGAGAUGGGACUGCUCUUAUGCAGCAUAUGGAAGACUUCUAUUACAUCUCUCUUCUGGAGAGUGUAAGAUCAAAUUACACACUGACUGAAAAUGCAAAUUCCUUUGAAAAAGGCAUUCAGUCUACUGCAUGAAACUACAUGAUGUUUUAGUUUUAUUGUUUCUAGCAGAUCUGUGAUUCAUUGCUAUGAAGUGAAGUAGCAGGAUAACUUUUCUCUGAUGUCUAUCUGGUUUUUAUGUAUUUGAAGUUCUAAAUUCAUGCCGGAAACUUUAACUUAUUUAAAUUUAA